UACAGCUCAGUGCUUCACUCUUCACACACAGUUCACACUGACACAGGAAUCAAAGUUUGUGACUGUCCCAAGUCAUGAGUGUCGGAGGAACUGACGAUACUUCUGUGACAGUACAGUAAAAAUACUAAAAAGCUGAUUCUGAAGUCGAACCAGCCCUCACAAUCCAGGUACCCUGACUUGUAUCUGUCCCAAGAUUGAAGAUAUCCAAAGAAAAUGACGUCUCUGAAAGUGAAAAAGCGGCUCAUGUACACUGUGUUUGCCUUCAUCUUUCUAUGCGGUGGCAUUGAGUAUGCGGUGAUUCUCCCUACCCUGUGGCUAUACUUGCACAAUGAGUACGGAGUUCCGGAGUACAUGUUAGGGCUAGUGCUGUCAGCCUACAGCGUGGCGGCAGCGUUGGCCUCCCCUGUGACUGGCAGGGUAUCAGAUCGUACCAGAAACUCAAAGAGAAUCUUUAUUGUGUGCACGUUGUUUGAGCUGGGAGGCAGCUUCCUCUACUUCGCUGAUGUCUCAGUCGCAAUGUGCCUCGUCAGCAGAUUCAUAUCAGGGUUAGGAGCUGGUAGUGAGGCAAUUGUGUUUGCGGAAGUUUCCAGGUAUACCAGUGAAAAAGAAAGGACAGGCAUUUUGUCAAAGUUGGCAGCCAUCCGCCAGAUUGCACUUCUCAUGGGCCCAGGCUUCAAUAUAUUUCUUCGAGAAGCGGACUUUACGAUAGGCCCCUUCAAAGUUAACAAGUACACUUCUCCUGGGGGUUUUCUGGUGGGCAUCUGGACUUUUCUUCUUGUGCUGAUCCUGCUGCUGUACUACGAGCCCGCCCAGGUCUACACGCAGGAAAUGGAGGAGUCUCGGGCCACGGCAGUCUCAGAUGUGGAGAAAGUGGCGUGGCCAAAGCGACAGAUAUCGUGUAGUGGGGGAAUUGAUGAGCCAAAUAACCAUCACAAUGUAGCUCAUGAGGAAAUUCCUGAUGAGCGCAAGGUACCCCCACAGUACGCCAAUGGGGGCUCUGCUGUAAAUUCUACUCACUCUGUGACUACACAUCCAACUGAAAGGACUGAACAGAAGGGAACAGAUAGACAAGUUUCUCCUUCAAGAGUUGUUGACGAAGAUGCUGAUAUGGUUUGGGAUGGGAAUGGGACAGACACAUACAGUAAUGCUCACCCAUAUGGGAAGAACGGAGAGGAGGAUCAGAGAUGUUUCCCCUCUCUCCACCAACGUCAUGAUGACCUUCAAGGGUCAGAGCGUGAGCCAGCUGGGCUGCCCGCCAAAAGCGAUCCUCCUCAGGUUGGGGAAAUGGAAUCUGAGGAUCCGUCACAGAUCGAGUUCCCCGAGACGUCGGCUCUUGGCACCUCCAUCGAUCUGAUGAUGUCUGCCGAGAAUUUUAUCUCCGACAGUCUGCUGAGUGCCUCAGAAAGGGAGGCGGAUGCGACGGGUAGCAAUGAGGGAGAAGAGAACAAGGAGGGUGGGAAGGGGGCGGAACAAGAAGGAGGAAUUAACCUGGUGUUUGAUGAGCAUCAUUUUGGUGCGGAGGAGGAGGAAGAUGAGGGGCGGUAUGAUUCCCGAGGUGGUUACGCUGUUGUCUUUUCAGGUCCAAGAUCGGCUGCUGACGACGAGAGGACGAGACUUCUUGGGCGUCAGACAAGUGCAGUCAGAGGGCUCUCGAAUGAACCGUACAUACAUAGGAGCACUCAAGUCCUUGAUGACCCUCUCAUUAGGGAAGGCAGACUGGGAUUCUUCUGUAAUGAGUACAUACGAGAUGAAGUAGUAGCUGUGAUAUACGUGAUUUUCUGCACUAUGUUUUCGCAAGUCUGUGUAGAGACGAUGGUUACACCUUUGUCUCUGAAGUACCUAGACUUUGGUGAGCUAGAGAACAGCCUAAUGUACUGCGCUUGUGGGGUGGAGAUUAUCAUUGUGUUUGUACUGGUCUCAGUGUUCAGUCGUUGUGUCUGCGACAGGAACAUGAUUAUCUUUGGAGCGUUUAUGAACCUGGCCUCCAAUUGCUGGCUUAUAUGGUUCGUACCAGAAGCCGAGCCCCACAACCGUGAUGGCAACCUGCUGUUCUUCAGUAUCCCCGUGUUCCUGGAUGUCUUGAGCUUGCCCUUCCUGUUUGUGUGCUCCACGUCGUUAUUCUCCAAGCUGACACGCAAGGAAACACAAGGUUUGAGUCAAGGUCUGCGUCGCACAGUUGUUGGUCUUGGCACAGUCUUAGCUCCGCUGUGGGGCUCCUCCACCGUCAAUUCGCCGCACAUCCUCUUUGGUGUUUUGGUGGCCUUGCAGGGUUUGGCUUUGCUACUACUGCUGGGCUCAUUCACAAAAUUAAAAGGCUGGCGUGAGAGCUUGAAGGAUAGAGAGAACCCAGCGCUUGCGACGGAAUCGGCGCAAACCGUGCCCGCGAGUGCCAGAAGCGCCAGUGCAGGUCAUUCGGUGCAGCGCCAGAACAGUUACGGCUCUAUACAACAACAGAGACCUCUAGUGACAGAAGCCAGCUACCAGUCGCUGUCGGCAGCCGCGCUAGAAGACGCGGGUAGACAACCCACACCUCCUGCUGCUGUUUAAAUACUACUUGUUGUCCUACUCCGGUCUCAUCUGCCGAUAUUUGUUUAACCCUAUCCGUACGCCCUGGGGUCAUUUUGUAACCCCCCCACCCCGGUAUUGUAUUCUUCAUGUUUUAGAAUUCUUCUAGUAUGAAGCUCUCUUUGAAACUUUCAGUAUUUCUCAAAAUAUCAUUUUGACAGACUGCUAUGCAAAGCGUAUG